AACGGCAACUCUGUAUUCCCUAUUUUGUUUAUUGUAUAUGGGAAGUUUGACAGGUGUUCAAUCGCAACAAUAACACGAACAAGUUGUCACACGAUUCCAAACUUCUUUUUUCAUAAUUGACUUUUAAAUAGGGACACUUAUUUAGCAGAUUCAAUAAUAAUGACAUUUUAAUAAUCAGCGUUAAGAAGAAUAUUUGCAGCCACGUUGACAGUUUGGUCAAGUGUAGCAAUUUUCGGACACUACAAAACAUUCGGAUACAAUUAACAACAAUGAGAGUUCGGUUUCGAAAGAGUUUGAUGAUAAAGCUUGGCAUUGUUGCUUUUGUUCUAUUAUGCACAAUUCCGUAUUUUAUGAGUAAACUGGAUGACACAAGUAAACAAGAAAGCCUUAAGCAUAGAAGUUGGAAUAAAUUAGCAAAUGAUGUGAAGGAAAUGUUUCCAUUUAAUGAUGCAAAGAAGAAUGUGAUCGCAAAUCCACUGGAGUCAAACCAUGCUGUCAACCAGUCCAAUGGAAAUAACAAGGUGUAUGGACCUGAAUCGGUCUUUAAAAGUGGAGUGCUUGGAAAUUAUGAACCAGACUACAAGAUAGCACAUGGACCAGGUGAAGGAGGCCAACCAGUGUUUACAACGAUGGAAGAGAAGCAAGCAUCCGAUCGCUCUACUCAAGAGUUUGGCUUCAACAUGGUGAACAGUGACAAAAUCUCCCUUGAUCGCACCAUACCUGAUACUCGCAUGGACGAGUGCAAGUACUGGCACUACCCUGACAAGAAGAAGCUGCCUACAGCCAGUGUGAUCCUGGUGUUCCACAAUGAGGGCUGGUCCACGCUGAUCAGAACCGUGCACAGUGUGGUGAACAUGUCACCCCCAGAACUGCUGCAUGAGGUCGUCAUGGUGGACGACUUCAGCAACAAAGAGCAUCUUAAAGGCAAACUUGCAGAUUAUAUCAACGAAUACAACAAGAAACACAACGGUGUGGUAAAGUUAUACCGUAAUGAGAAGAGACUCGGCCUGAUUCGAACCCGCACCCGGGGUGCAGAGUUGUCAACCGGAGAUGUGAUAAUCUUCCUGGAUGCCCACUGUGAAUGUAACAGAAACUGGCUCGUACCAUUGCUAGCACGGAUCGCCUAUGACAGAACUAUCAUGGCUGUUCCGAUCGUUGAUGGCGUGAACUGGGACAACUUUGCCUAUGCAUCAGUGUAUGGUCCGGCCACAGCCCACCACAGAGGGAUCUUUGAGUGGGGUUUUCUAUACAAGGAAAGUCAGGUUCCGCAGAAAGAACUCUCCAGGAGAAAGCAUAACAGUGAACCUUACAGGUCUCCCACGCAUGCAGGGGGUCUGUUUGCCAUGGACAGGAAGUACUUCUUUGAGAUGGGCGCCUACGAUGAGGGGCUGCAGAUCUGGGGAGGAGAGAACUUUGAACUCUCUUUCAAGAUCUGGCAGUGUGGUGGCAGCAUAGAGUGGGUACCAUGCUCCCGAGUUGGCCAUGUGUACAGGAACCACAUGCCGUACGGAUUUGGAGAUAUAGAUGUGAAAAUACCAGUCAUAUUGCUAAACUACAUGCGUGUAGUGGAGGUGUGGCUGGAUGAUGACUUCAAGGAGUAUUUCUACACGAGGGAGCCCAGCGUGCGGGGGUACCCAUUGGGCGACCUUACCAAGCAGCUGCAGUUCAAGAAGGACCACCAGUGUAAAAGCUUCCGCUGGUUCAUGGAUAACAUUGCCUACGAGGUGUAUGACAAGUUCCCCAUCUUGCCCCCUAACAAGGCUUGGGGGGAGGUGAAGCAGAUGAAGGGAAUGCUGUGCUGGGACACGCUGGGGCAGUCAGUGGGGGGAGGACCUAUAGGAGCCAGCCACUGUCAUCACUUUGGUGGUAACCAGAUGUUUCGGUUCAACGCUAAGGGCCAGAUAGGGGUCGGGGAGAGGUGUGUGACGGCCCCUGGGGCAGAUACCCUGCACAUCAGCUUCUGUGAGACAGAACCCACUGGGCCCUGGGAGUGGAAUGAGGAAUCCGGCUUCAUCCGCCAUGCAGACUUUCAGAAGUGUGUUGAGGCUGGGAGCGAUAACAAGCUGCACCUUGUGAGGUGUGAACCAGACAAAUCUGCUCAAAUGUGGACUAUAAAAGAAAUCAAAACCUGGCAAACUUGAGGGAGAAAUGAGUGAAUGAUUCAUUUGCUUUUGGGUUCUUUUUUUUUGUAUAGACAAAUCAUGGGAUAUGUACAAGUAUUUAUCAUUUUAGUGUUAUCAUUACAUUUAUGUUGCUAUUUAAUCACUGUGUCUUGUUUUGGAAAAGGAAUUGUUAGAGUAUUAGACUAUUUUACUGAGGUUUUUGUGUUUGUGAUAUAUUUAGUGUGAAUUACCGAUAAGCCAUUUUUUGUUUGUCUUAUAUUCAGCAUUAGACAAAUGAUAUGUUUUAUGUAUGUGUUUUUCAUUUUGGUGAUAGUUGUAAUAGUUUAUUUAGUGAGGCUGUAAUACUUAUUAUUUUAAAUAGACUGACCCUGAUGUAUGGCAUUAUUUUGUUAAUACAUGGAAAUGAAUGUUUUCAAUACUACAGUGACUAUAAAGCUAAACUUGAUUACUGCAUAAUUAACAAACUCUUACAUUGUAUAUUUGUAUACCGGAUAAUCUUCUUGAAAUUAUAUUACUUAUAGUUCUAAAUUAUGAAUUAAAUCUAUUGGUUUAUCUAACGUUUCAAUUUACUCUAAUUUUGAUCAGUAAGCCAUUUAAAUGUUUUACAAGUAUACGUUACUUUUAUGCAAGUGGUACACAUUUGUGUUGUGCACUUAUGUCUGUUAACAAUACAUAUUUUUAGUUUGUCAUAUCCAUUUCUUUGUUGUGAUAUCUUCCAAAGGAUUGGAGAAAGGAAAACAGCUGAUUUAACAAUGUUUUUUGUUUAAAUAGGCAAUGCCUUAAACUUAACAGUAUGAUUUUAUGUUUGGAAAUUAUUUUUUAAUUACAAUGAGAAGCAAUCUAACGUUAUAAUUAGAUUUUAAGAAAGAGUAGCUCAAUUAAUGCACUUGGGUGUCUUUGUAAUUUUUCAUUUGUUGAUACAUUAAAAACCGUCUGUAAAUCAUAUUCAAUUAAAAAAGUCAUUAUUU